AUGACUGGAGGCAAAUCUGGAGGCAAGGCCAGCGGCAGCAAGAACGCCCAAUCUCGUUCGUCCAAGGCUGGACUCGCGUUCCCUGUUGGACGUGUUCACCGUUUGCUCCGCAAGGGUAACUAUGCCCAGCGUGUUGGUGCUGGUGCCCCCGUCUAUCUUGCGGCGGUGCUUGAAUACCUGGCUGCUGAAAUUCUCGAACUUGCUGGAAAUGCUGCUCGUGACAACAAGAAGACCCGUAUCAUUCCUCGUCACUUGCAGCUUGCCAUUCGUAAUGAUGAGGAGUUGAACAAGCUCCUCGGUCAUGUUACCAUCGCACAGGGUGGUGUUCUUCCCAAUAUCCACCAAAACCUUCUUCCCAAGAAGACCCCUAAGGCCGGGAAGGGUGGAGCUAGCCAGGAGCUCUAG